UUCUUUUAAUACUCCAGACUUUACGCCGCAACAAUCAGCUCUUAGCAUGGUUGCUAAAUGUGCAAAUCCUUCUAAUUGGCACUUUGAAACUUACUUUUUGACUGCAUUUGCAGUAUUUGUGCUUGUUAGUAUGAGGACCCUGAGGAUGAACAUCACGUCUUGAUUUUAUAUGGUGUCGUGUCAAGAUUUAUUAAUUGUUCCUUUUAUAAUUUUGGCGUGACAUCACCCCUGUAAAGGAAAUACAUUGCUAGCCCAGCUAGUUGGUGAUCCUCUCGAGGCUUGUAGUGCCAGAUGGGGAUGGAUCCUCUGGGUGCUCGCUCCCAGUUUGUGGAUAUCCAGACUCUUCCCACAUGGCAGCAGCAGCUGGACAAUGAUGGCGAGGAGAAACGGCUGGUCCGGAGCCACAGCAUGCUCAGCCAGAGUUUCCCCUCACCCUUCCCCUACAGACCAGAUAUCAACCGCAAGAUCAUCCUCUUUGUUGGUGACAUUGCUCUGCUGAAUUGCACCGCCGUCGUGAACACCAGCAACGAGUCGCUAAACGACAAGAACCCCACGUCUGACAGCAUCCAUCAGCUGGCAGGACCCGAGCUCCGAGACGAGCUGCUUAAACUCAAAGGAUGUCGCACCGGGGAGGCAAAGCUGACCAAGGGCUUCAACCUAGCAGCGCGGUUCAUCAUCCACACCGUGGGGCCAAAGUACAAAGCCAAAUACAGGACGGCAGCAGAGAGUUCACUAUACAGCUGCUACAGAAACAUCAUGCAGCUGGCUGCAGAGCAGUCAAUGGCAUCAGUUGGCUUCUGUGUGGUGACCACAACCAAAAGAGGUUAUCCUCCGGAGGAUGCAACACACAUUGCUUUGAGGACAGUGCGGCGGUUCUUGGAGAAUCAUGGAAACAGCAUAGAAACGGUGGUGUUUGCGGUUUCAGACACAGAGGAGUCUGUGUUCAAGAAGUUACUCCCUCUGUACUACCCACGCUCUGAGGGAGAAGAAAAGGCUUGCCUACCUCUCAUCCCAGCUGACAUCGGCAAUUCUGAGGGUGAACCAGUGGUUCCAGAAAGACGGAUCCGCAUCACAGAGAAACCAGGAAGCAUUGAAGAUGAAUGUGAAGAGGACAGCCUGGAGUUGGAUCUGGGUCAGGUUGGGACUCACGCCUUCGCCCGGAUGGAGGGCGACGUAGACAAACAGCGGAAACUGAUUUUACAGGGACAGAUGUCUGAGGCAGCCAUGCAGAAGCAACAUCAGAGAAACUACGGUCGCUGGCUGUGUCGAGCGAGAGCAGAGGACCUGUCAGACAUCGCCGCGCUGAAAGCGUUGUACCAGACUGGCGUGGAUAUAUGUGGCAGGACGGUGAUGGUCGUGGUUGGACGAAACAUCCCCGUGACCCUCAUUGACCUUGAAAAGGCGCUGUUGUACUUCAUCCAUGUAAUGGACCACAUCACAGUGAAGGAGUAUGUUAUGGUUUACUUUCACACGCUGACCGGAGAGCAUAACCAUCUGGACACCGACUUCCUGAAGAAACUCUACGACAUCGUUGACGUCAAGUAUAAAAAAAAUUUGAUGGCUUUCUACUUUGUACAUCCAACAUUCCGCUCGAAGGUUUCAACAUGGUUCUUCACCACUUUCAGUGUAUCUGGCAUGAAGGAAAAGGUCCGCUACCUCGACAAUCUGCAACAGCUCUUCACCUGCAUCAAGCCUGAGCAGCUCGAUAUCCCUCCAUUUGUCUUGGAGUACGAUGCACGAGUGAACGGACCCUACCAUCAUUCAGAGGCUUCCGGUCUGUGACACGAGUCCAAUCGAAUCUUUCUGUCCAAGUGGCGAAGUGGUGGAUGUCUUUUCUGGACAUGAAGUUUUCUGUGUGGUCUGACCUCCAACCUCCUCUUUAAGGCUUUGAACCUCAGUUGAGGAAACUCUUCUUUUGUUCUGUUCCUGCCAAAAAAGACCAAAUUAAGAGUCGCAGUGCACAUAUAGCACGGCGCGGUCUGGUGAGCAAUCAUUGUUACUCACCACAGACUAUUUUUGGAUCUGGCAUGGCUCCUGGAUUAUGCCUUAUACUGAGAGACUUACUCAGCAGUUUUGUCAUACUGCCCAAAAUAUGAAGUAUCACAUCAUAGCUGGCACUUAACUCAAAGGCUUCCCUGUGAUGUGGUCGUAUCAGACAUCCUCGCCCAUGUCUCAGAAGAUGCCUUUUCAAAUGCUGGAGUGAUACGGGGAGUGCCUGUUUGGAUUUCUACACCACACGGAGCGGCAGAAAGUCUGCAGUAAAGACAAACAUUGGGUUUUGCUCAGCCGGAAGUUUUUCUCCACCUGUUUCAGCGUAAUAUGAGACCGUGAGCGCCAGCAGUCCAAACCGGAAAAUUCCAGACAAACAUUAAUGCUGGGGAGAUUUCUUUGAUUAAAAGCACACGUCAGCUGGCUAACAUUCAAUUUACAUCACAAGGUCAUCUUCAUAUUUUGUGAACAUGUGAAGUUAGCUUAGCUUGGCACAGAGACUGAAAGAGGAAGCAGAAAGGCUCAGCUUAAGGUGUCAGAGUCACUUCAGCUGUAGCGUCAUACAUUAAGUUAAAUUCACAAAUAUUAGAGGGAGAUGCCUCUUAUCGUCUAACUCCUGGCCGGAGAAUAAAUAAACCAUUUCCCAGAUAUGUAGAUCUGUUACUAGAGGCAGUGCUGAAGUACUUCUGCUUAGCAUUAACAAUGUAAAAAGCCCUGUUUGUUUUCCAGUUAGCUUUAUGGUGGGCCUGAAAGGAAGCAGGGCAUGUGUGCCUCUACCAAACUUGUUAGCACCGUGUCACUGAAACGCAUAUUUAACCUCACACAUUUAACAACAUAUGCCUAACAUUAACUGCUUCCAAUCUUUGACUGUUCUAACUUAAAUACUAUAAAACACGUUAAUUUUCCUGUUUCUGGAGAUGGAACAUUUGUAACUGUUUCUUGAAGCAGUAACUGGAAUCAUUAAAAGAAAUUGGCCACUAAACAGUGAUACAGUUCUAAUAAGGCAGUGCCUCUGUAACCCACAACAGUGGAAACAUGAUGUGCAAGUGAACCUAAAUUACACAAGUCAAGUCAUGAGGAGUCCUCACUCUCACAAGCGCCGUGAAGGAAAGUGAUUAACUAUUUUUUGUGCUUUUGUGUCAAAUCGCUCUGUUACUCAGUCACUAACUCCUUUGUUUGCACAGCUCGCUUCACUUUAAGUUGUCGUCUGUAGUUUGAUUUAUCUUGGACUGCCACAUGUGUGGGUGUCCAGGUCAAAUGGAGUGAAGUAAACUCUGAAAGCAUUUCUGAUUGUCUGAACCUUCGAUCAGUCAUGAUGUAGCAGGACCCCCGCAUGUGUGGUAGCCCAACACUGACACUAUCACCAUAAAUCGGGGGGGGGGUUCACCUGUGUGUAGUCCUGCGUUCAUCCAGGCCAAACAUCAGGAACUCUGCAUGAUUGCAUUUGAACUGUGUUGGCUGCAUGGAAACUCUUUAACCUUGAAAUGAAAGCGGGGAUGUUAUUUAACACUAGCACACAGAGUUCAGCUUCUAACUUUUGAGGUUUCAGAUAAUGUGAUGUGCACACUGGUGGGGGGUAUAUAUCUCGUGUCACUUACUCCAGGAGCUUCUGUUUACUGUGUUUGUAGGGCUCCUUCUAAAAUCAAUAAUAAAUGGCCUCGUGAGGAAAGCAUGCGCAGUCAGAUUGAGCUGUUUAAUGUCUUUUGUUGUUUUCCUCAGUGCUUUGAGUUCCAUCCAGUGAAAUGAGGUUAGUGUUCCCUCCUUUGACAAAAUGAAAUGUGCUGUCACUGUUUUACCUUCAGCUGAAUCGGUCAGCACAGACUUGCUGUUAGAACUGUGAUUAUAUCAGAAUGUGCAUCAAUGAGCCAAAAUAUCUGUGUGUAGAUGUGUCCUGUUUGGGGGAGUUUUUUAUCAUUUUAAAGUAAUAUGUGGAGGGCCUGGCGUUUGAUAUCCUCUGAGUUUUACAGGAAAUGAUGUCAUUCAUGUUUAAAUUUCCUUACUUUUUUUUUUUUUUUUUUUUUUUUUAAACACUUUGAUCAUAAGAAUUUUUUUUUUCUUGAUAAUAACGGGCUUAGACUAUCCUUUUAGAAAAGAGCUGGUUGUAUUGUGGAAAGUAUUUAAUACCUGAUGAAGAAUAAAGAUUGAUUUCGGUGCUGUAGAAACAUGUUUUCAAAGUGACUUUUCUGCUUAGUCUCAGUUUUCUUAGUGAGCGCCUCAAGGUUUUGCUCCAAUUUGGAAAAAAGUGUAAAGUGUCAUUUCCAUUUUCCUCGCAGCUAAUGGAUGAGGAGAGAUUUGGUGCUGUGAUGUGUGCUCUGCAGCAACUUAGUUCUGUGAAAUGAAAAUUCCUCACACGGUUUACAUGAAGGGUAUUUAUGCAACUCUUAGCAUUUCGGAGAACUCCAUGUUGCUUUGAGUUUAAGCAGUUUAAACCCACAUUCCAACACAUAUGGUUUGGCUUGACUAAACAGUGAGGUACGGCUGAACGAAGGACGGCUUUUUAACUUCUUACCUUUCAGACUGAAAAAGUCCAUACAGUAAGUAUUAAUGUUACAACACUGUGAUACAUUUAUUUUUAUACAUUUUACAAAAUUGAAAAUUCUUCGUGCUUGUGUUUAACAUAAAGCAGAACGUGACACUAAAUAAAAGUAAGAUAAUUCAUUCUUUUUGUGGUUCUGCCACAGUUUUUCCUUCCACUGUUGUUUAAACGGGGUCGUGUGAUUGUUGGGGUUUUCUCAGCUUUCUCUGUAUUAUUGUCGGGUCUUAACCUUACAAUAUAAAGCACUUUGAUGCAGCUGUUUUAAUUUGACGCUAUUUAAAUUAAGUUGAAUUGAACUGCGAGAAAUCGGAGAAAAUUGCAAGUCUGUUGACAUCUCCACAAACGGAAAUUCACAUCCAUUAUACUUACAUUCAGAGUCCAGCCAGAGCUGCGUUGCUUAAAAAUAGAAAUUCUUUCACAAAAUGACGUAAGUGCUCAGCAACCCUGCUUUCAUAUAGGAAUAUAACCACAAAUAGAACCAGUUGAGUCGUGUCCCCUAUUACAGAGAGACGCACCGCAGGUGAUUUGUACUCAUCAGCACAGACUGUUAGGCGUCUGUCUCUGUGUAUAAAUUAGAUGGCAAUUGUUUGCUAACCUUAGCCAAUCUGUGGGCGUUUGCAUGGAUGUGCAACACCUUCAACCUCUUGCUGGCAAGCUAGUUGCUGUAAACACAAUCAGUCUCCAGCAGCAGAAAAAAAACUAUCACCAGUAAACCAACAACUUUUCCUGGUUGCAAAGAUCUGAUUUGAUUUUGGCUCUUAUAUUCUAGUACUCUUUGUAAUAAAGAGAUAAAUGAGAUGUCUGUCUUGUGUUUAUUUAUUUCAAAUUGUCCAGUAAACAACUCUUGAAUUUUGCAUUUUAGGUAAUCAGCUGAAACGGCUGUUUGCACAAACAAGAAAGAAGUCUCAUUUUCAGAGGCUGUUUCCAGAUAUGUGCGCUAAUACAGAUUUAGUACUCUAGUGGCAGCCGGAAAAUAAACUCUUGUGGGCAUGUUUGUGAUAAUGGAGGAACAUGUCCACAAGGCCCACUCUGUGACUGUGUUUUUGGGACAGCACUACAGCCUUGAUGACAGAGAAGAAUACUGUGCUUAAGUUCUGGUGUAGCAGAAGAACAAAGACUGCGGGGAUCAACGGGGCGUUUUAGAGGCUUGUGAGUCUGCAUGAGAAAUGUCAGGACACAAAGGAGUAACAGCCACACAGAUAGCACUGUAAUUUGGCUCAUUUAUAUUUUAACACAGUGU